GACUGGGACUGAGACUGAGAGCAAGAAAAGGCUUCUAUUUCUCCGAAAAAGGAUCUCUAAUAGAAGAGAGGAAGAGAAAGGGAGGAUAACAGAGAAGCAAAUGGGUUCUGGAUCUUUCCUCAAGGUCGUGGCCAGGAACUUUGAUGUUCUUGUUGGGCCUUUGGUCACACUUGUUUAUCCUUUGUAUGCUUCAGUAAAGGCAAUAGAAACUAAGUCUUCCAUUGAUGAUCAGCAGUGGCUUACCUACUGGGUGUUGUAUUCUUUAAUUACACUGUUUGAGCUCACUUUUGCAAAAGUCAUCGAAUGGCUUCCAUUUUGGCCUUUUGCAAAGCUGAUCUUUAACUGCUGGUUGGUGUUACCUUACUUCAAUGGUGCUGCAUAUGUUUAUCAGCAUUACGUGAGACCAUUGUUUGUGAACAAGCAGACAGUCAACAUCUGGUAUGUCCCACGAAAAAAGAACAUAUUCAGCAGGCCUGAUGAUGUUUUAUUAGCUGCAGAGAUAUUUAUUGAAGAAAAUGGACCAGAAGCAUUUCAGAAACUCAUAAACAAGACCGAAAAGGGAACAAAGCCCAAGAAGAAAAACAAACGUGUGACAUUCGAUGACAGUGUGGUAGGGAAGGAAUCCAAGUCUUGGGGGAGCAAUAGUCAUGUGACAUUUAAUGAAGUGGAGCCUGAAAGGGAUUCAAAGACUUGGGAGAACAGCAGUUUUAUGAUAUUUGAUUAUGAUAACAGAUAUCAGACAUAGAACUCUUAAUUCUGUUCUUCUGAUAAUCUGCUAUAGAUCAGUGUCUCCUUAUGGCCAUCAGUUAUCUUGAAGGUUUUUCUUCUUUCUUGACGGUGAUCGGUAAAGAUAUUUGAGCGCCAGGGAAUGCACUUUAAUCUUGCUUUUUUGUCGGUGAAGCAGCUGCAUUUCAAGGCUUCAAAUGUCGUCAGUUUGUCCAGGUUUGUCAGUGCACUUUAAGAUAGGAAGGGUUGCACCCUUCAUGAUGUAUGCCAAUCAAUGACAAACGUUGCGUUCUUAUACUAAUAUAAGUAUAUAGUUUCUGUCUUUUGUAGGUUUAUUUCUUUUCAGUGUUUGGUUUUGUAUGUAAGUUGACACCUGGACUGCAUUGCAGAAUGAGCUAGCAUACAUUCUAGCCUAUCUAAAUCCAUACAUUUUAUUUCAA